UGUUUGAUUGCUGCAAGAAUUUAUGGAAGAAAAGACUACCGGCAGCAAUGCUCGCACCACGAAGAUCAGCCAAGAAGAAGUAAUAGCUAAACUAAAAGACGAUGGCGACUUCGAUGGACUCCGCCUCAAACUCAUACGGAAACUCAAGGACAACGGACAAAGUAUUGAGCCAGAUCUCAGAUGGUCUUUGGGGAAUAAUUAGAUCAGAGGAUGGAAUGAAAAGUGAAAUCACAGAAACAGUGCAAUCUGUCUACAAUAAAUUAGUAAAUCCUGGAGGGAACAAAGAGGUUGAAUCAUCUACCGGUGUUACCACACCUAUUGUUAAGGGAACCAUUGAUAAUAGUUCCAUCAAGGCUUCUGUAGGUGAAGUUGGUCUAACAAUCUCUGAUAAUGAGCCAAGAGAACCACCAGGUUUCACUCUGUCUAAUAAUCAUCAUGUCAAUAACAAUGAUAAGCAACAUGAAAAUGAAGUGCAGCUACCUAUGCCUUGUGAUAAAGGACAUGAAGGCCAGAAGGAAGACUCUCGACAUUCAGCAAACAUGCUGGAGGCGGAUGAUGCUGAUCACAGUUUGCCACCUGGCUUUUCUGCAGAUGUUGAGCAAAAGCAGCCAUCUGACGGUAGUGAUGAGGACCCUGAAGUCCCUCCUGGAUUUGGCUGAUAUAUAAUAUGCAACAUGGUAAGAUUUUGCUGCUAUGCAGACAUACUAUCUGGUGGAUUCUGCAUUCUGACUCAGUCAUAAUACUUCAGUCUGGCUGAUAAAUGGUUCAGUCAUAACACUCCCCUUUGGGGGGGGGGGGGGAAGGGGCUUCAAUUCCUGCCAAGUUACGGUCAGAUGCUUUGGUCAUAUAAAUGUCCAAGUCUAUUAGAUUAUCCAUUGCUUCUCAAUUUUAUUCUUUAGAACAAUUAUUCAGAGCUUUUGGAAAAUGGACUUUUUAAGGGGGCUAUUGUAGAGAUGAGGUCAAUUUUCGUUCUCAUUUGUCAUGUGAAUAAAAUCUGUAGGUGGCUGUUGUUUAGCAGAAAUAUAUAUAUUUCACUAAUUAGGUUACCCGUGCACAUCUAUCAUAAUACAAUCUCGUGGCGAGGAUAUACGGGAAUGCACAGCCCGACUUUAUGCAACAUAUGUUUCAUAUUUCCAAUGCUAACUUAUGCUACUCAAUGCCCUUGCUUUUAUGGUAUAUCUGAUCUUCAGAGUGUAUUAGUAUUGACCGUGCCCUUUAUUCUCAAUUUUAAUAUGCGAGCCUGAUGGCUACAAAACUGUAAACAAGUAAAGUGGCUUUCAGGGUCCUAACAGAGAUUAAGCCAUUGAGUACAAAGAAGUGGGGGAAGUGACCUGCAUGAUUCAUUUAGGACCCAAGGUUCGUGCCUGCAACCUUUUGUUCAAUUGUAUACUUCUCUGUAAUUGUGCUGGACGUACUGACAAAUCUAAUGAAACCUGGUGCUAUUUGUUCAUAGCAGACUCUUUAUUGUGAUGGGUGUAAACCACUGGGUGCUGAAGGAUGAAUUUUCAAUAAUUAUUAGCCACAUUUUGUUUUUUGCAGAA